AUGUCAGUUAAAGUUCUAAAUGAUAAAGUUAUUCUGGAGCAUGCUGGCUCCUCGGUAGAAAUUUAUUAUUAUGGCGCGACUGUUACCAGUUGGAAUUAUCGUGGAAAAGAGCUUAUAUUUUUAAGUAAGAAGUCUUUUCUCGACGGAACAAAGGCGAUCCGUGGAGGAAUUCCUAUAGUUUUUCCACAAUUCUCUAAAGCAUCUGAUCCAUCUGCCGAAACUGCUGCACUUCCACAACAUGGUAUUGCCAGGAUUUCAAAUUUUGAAUUGCUUGAGGAUUUAACUGAUAGUGAAUCUGUUUCCAUCAAACUUGGGUUAAGUGAUUCUCAAAUUUCUGAAAGUUUACGAAAAUUUUGGCCAAAGAAAUUUAAAUUAAUUUACACUGUAACACUCAAAGAUGGCGCAUUAAAAACUGAUUUGACGGUAAAAAAUGAAGAUUCCACACCAUUCGAUUUUCAAGCUCUUUUACAUGUUUAUUAUUCUGUCCCGGAUAUUUCUAAAUUAUCAGUUGAAGGCUUAAUUAAUGUAUCAUAUAUUGAUAAAGUAAAUAAGUUUGCAAAAGGUAUUGAGAAUGAUCAAUUUGUUAAAAUUACCCAACCGACGGAUAGAAUUUACUUGGAUGUUCCAACUGAAACAAUUAAAAUACAUUUAAGUGAAGAUUUUAAAGAAGGUUUCACAUUACAAAGAAAUAAUUUAAAAGACACAGUUGUAUGGAAUCCAUGGAUCGAGACGGCAAAAAGUUUGACCGAUUUUGAUGAUGAUGAAUAUAAACAAAUGGUUUGUGUUGAACCUGGUCAUGUUUCAGAUUAUGUCAACCUAAAACCCGGUGAAAGUUGGGAAUGCGGACAAAUUAUCGAAUACAAACCUUAA